AUGAGGCCGCCGCCGCCGCAGGGCAGGGGAGCAGGCGGGGGUGGCGCGCUCGGCCGUCGCGCGUUCGCGUCCCUCCUCGCGGCGGCCGUCGUCGCGCUGGCGCUUCUCUGCCUCUUCUACGGCGCCGCCUUCGCCCCCUCCAUCCGCCGCGCGCACCCUCGCCUUCCCCUCCGGCUGCGGUUCCGGGCCCAGGGGACGGAAGCGCUCCCGGCGGACCUCGUCGUCUCCUCCAUCCCGGUGUGCGACGCGCGGCACUCGGAGCUGAUCCCGUGCUUGGACCGGCGCCUCCACUACCAGCUCCGGCUCCGGCUCCGGCUCAACCUCUCCCUCAUGGAGCACUACGAGCGCCACUGCCCACCGGCGCCGCGCCGCCUCAACUGCCUCAUCCCACCGCCCGUCGGAUACCAGGUUCCCAUCAUGUGGCCGAGGAGCAGGGACGAGGUUCGGAAGGCCAACAUACCCCACCCGCACCUUGCUGCUGAGAAGUCAGACCAGCGGUGGAUGGUCGUCAAUGGCGAUAAGAUCAACUUCCCUGGUGGGGGCACCCACUUCCACACUGGCGCUGACAAGUAUAUUGUGCACCUCGCGCAGAUGCUCAAUUUUCCAAAUGGCAAGCUCAACAAUGGAGGGAACGUCAGGAAUGUGCUUGAUGUCGGCUGUGGGGUUGCCAGCUUUGGCGCUUACCUUCUUUCGCAUGAUAUACUUACGAUGUCUCUCGCUCCCAAUGACGUGCAUGAAAAUCAAAUUCAGUUUGCCCUAGAGAGAGGGAUCCCGGCAACCCUUGGUGUGCUGGGCACUAGGAGGCUGCCAUACCCAAGCCGCUCAUUCGAAAUGGCACACUGCUCUCGUUGUCGGAUUAGCUGGCUGCAGAGGGAUGGGGUCUUGUUGCUGGAAGUGGAUAGGAUAUUAAGGCCUGGAGGAUAUUUUGUGUAUUCAUCACCGGAGGCCUAUGCUUUGGACCCCUUCAACAGGAAGCUAUGGAGACAGAUGAGUGACCUUGCUCGAAGGAUGUGUUGGCGGGUUGCGGCUAAGAAGAACCAGACGGUGAUAUGGGCUAAACCAUUGACAAAUGGAUGCUAUAUGAGGAGAGAGCCUAGAACACUUCCCCCAUGUGCGAACAUGAUGAUGAUCCAGAUGCUGCUUGGAAUGUACCCAUGA